CAUAGAUAAAUAAAUCAUUAUAAGCAAAAUUAAAAAUUAAGCAAUAUGUUUAAUGUAAGUGCUGCUAAAGAUGAGGGAAAAACAACAAGGACAGCCUUUAAUUGAAAAUUGCAGACACAAACAGAUGCAGCGCAAGGCAAAUAAUCUCAGAAUUGACCAGUGCCUGAAAAUAACUGCGUUAAAGAUUUGAUGGUCUCUUUCUCCAAACAUCAAGGCAUGACACAAUAAUUGAAGCAGUCGAACAAGCGUCUGCUGUACGGCACGGAUGGGAAGAAGUGUUAUUUUCUGAGGGCAGAGGCAAGUUUGAGCAUGAAGCGCUCAGAGAUAAACUCUCAUCGAACAAGAACAACCAGCUUUAUUAGCAGCGGUGUGUAUCUGAGGAAGUGCAGCACAUUUUGCUUCGUGAAACUAAUUUAUUUACAAGCGUUCAAGAGGUUUUAAGCACACUGUGGCCUGCUACUUCUCAUGACUGCCGCUUAUGAGCAUAUUGGAUAUUGCUGUAAUACAAUUAUAGUUUUGUUUUAAUAUUUUGAAUUAGUACAGAACACAUCCAAAUGCGUUUUAAAUACACAAUGACAGCUUUGAUAUAUUUAUCGUCAAAAAUAAAUCUCAUGCAUUUGCUCGUCCCACGGCCAGAUGUAUUUUAAUACAUCUUCGUACUUUAGAAAUGAGCAACUGUAGCCUAAUUGUUUUCAUAGUUAACAGACUCAUGCUGAUUCUAAGCAAUUUUGAUAAAUUCAUAUAGAAAAAAUAUUAAUUAAAUGAAUUAAAAAAUAAUUAAAUUUUAAAAAUAAUUAAUUAAAUUAAUUAAAAAGUAAUUAAAAUAUAAUUAAUUUAAUUAAUUAAAAAUAAUGAAUUCAAAAUAAUUAAUUUAAUUAAUAAAAAAUUUAUAAUUAACAAUAAGUUAUGUCAAUAGCUAAUAAACGUUUUUAAGUGCAGAAAUCUACCUUGUUCAUUACUGACAAAUGUGCAUCACAUAUUAACUUUAGUUUCUGUAUAAACUGUAAUUUUGUAUGCAAGUACAUGACUUUUAUAGGAAAACAGUGAAGAGACAACGGUAUAUAAUUAAGGGAAAAAUGUAUAUAGGUUCUUAAACAUGCUAUAAAAAAAAUAUGGUUGCAAAUUCAUUUUCUUUAUGCAAAAACGCAAUGCUUUUCUUUGAUUUUCGGGUGAAAUGUUAACCGAACUUGUUUUAUUUAUAUAUUUUAACCGGAUGAACUAUUUCCUGCCGGAUAUGAGACACGUUCAUGUUCCCUGGAGCAGCUUUGUGAUGGAGGAAUGCAGGCCUUUGAGAAAUUAUGGUUUCAGCUCUUCAUAACAUAACCAGUAUCACUAGCAUCACAAGCUAGCGUUGCUAGUUUCUGCAUGGUCAUGAAGCACCAUGGAAAAGGCCCACUUAACAUAAACACGUAUAAACUCGGAUUUAGCAUUCAGCAUAAUCACCAGCGUAUAUAUAAUCACAGUACAUGUUAAUAAGUGACAACGUUAACAGUUUAGCGCUGAAAAUAAUACACACGACCUGCAAUACGCGCGCUGUCCAGAAGAUGGCGGCAGUUAACCGCUGAAUCAACGGUUGCUUGGCGACGAGGACGCGAAACAGUCCUGCUGCGCAUGCGCCGACACAGUCCGGCGCUCAAACUUUGUGGAAAUAAAAACAACGACUUAGCGAUCGCGCAGUUUACAGCAUCAGCCGUUGUUUUGUGCUCUUGAAAAGUCAUUUCCAUGGCUGGGAAAAAGAAGGAGAUCAGUUUGCAGGUCAAUAUCAAUAGUGACGAUCAAUGGAGCGACGUUUUGGCAACGAAGGGGUUAAUGGUGGUGGACGUGUACCAGCAGUGGUGUGGACCCUGCCGCGCAGUCGUCAGUCUCUUUAGAAAAAUCAAGAAUGAGCUGGGAGACGAGCUGCUGCAUUUUGCCACGGCCGAGGCUGAUGGGAUUGAAGCUCUGGAGAAGUACAGAGGGAAGUGUGAGCCCACCUUUCUGUUUUAUGCGGGCGGCCAGCUGGUGUCUGUUCUGAGGGGACCGAACGCUCCUGUCCUGCAGAGGCUCAUACAGGAAGAGCUGAGCAAAGAGAAGAGCGUCCUGGAGCACGGGGCGGCCCGCGCGCCGGUCACAGAUGAAGGUUUGACUGAGGAAGAAGAGGUGAAGGAUGACAUCAAGGAUCACCCUCAUGAUGAAGAUGUGAUUGUCUCUGCUAAAAAGUCUUACACGGUGGCAAUCAUCAAGCCUGAUGUGGUGGCACACGGCCAAGCGGAUGAGAUUAUCAUGAAGAUUCAGGAUGCAGGUUUUGUGAUCUUGGCCCACGAGGAGAGAACGCUGAGUGAAGCAGAAGCUGGAGACUUCUAUCAACACAAAGCCGCGGAGCCGUGCUUUCAGGAGCUCAUCCAGUUUAUGUCGAGCGGCCCGUCGCACGUCCUGCUCGUUUCUAAGACGGAGGCCUGCGAGGACGUCAUCCCGGCCUGGAGGGAAUUCAUCGGGCCGCCGGACGUCGAGGAGGCCAGGAACACGCAGCCGGAGAGCUUGCGGGCUCAGUACGGCACCGAGACUCUUUUGAACGCUCUGCACGGCAGCAGCGACAGCGAGCAGGCCAGCAGGGAGCUGGCGUUCUUCUUCCCCCACUUCAGGAUGGCGAUGGCGGACUCGGGCUCGGAGCGGGCCGGGCCGGAACAGGAGCGUGUGGAGAGGACGCUGGCGCUCAUCCGCCCAGACGCUGCCAGGGAAAACAGAGAGGAGAUUCUGGGCCGGAUCUCUGAAGCAGGAUUCACGGUGGCCAUGCAGAGAGAGCUCAUGCUGUCUGAGGAUCAGGUCAGGCACUUCUACAGCCAUCAUCUGGAGCGGGAAUACUUCCCCAGCCUGCUGGAGAGCAUGACCAGCGGGCCCGUGUUAGCAUUAGCGCUAGUGAAGGAGCGAGCCGUGGAGCACUGGAGGAACAUCCUGGGACCCAAAGACCCCAUCCAGGCUAAGAAUGAGCAACCUGACAGUCUGAGAGCCCAGUUUCCCUGCGAGAGCUCCAGCAUCAAUCAGCUUCACGGCAGCGGGAGCUCGGAGGAGGCGGAGAGGGAGAUCGGCUUCUUCUUCCCACCGGAGGACACGCUCGCCGUCAUCAAACCGGACACUGAACAUAAGGAGGAAAUCCUGGAGGAGAUUCGGGCCAGAGGAUUCUCCAUUUCCCGCCUGAAGGACACGAUCCUGUCCAGAGAGAUGGCAGAAGAGUUUUAUAAAGAGCACCGGGACAAACCCUUCUUCGGUCAGCUGGUGGAUUACAUGAGUCGCGGCCCGUGUACGGUGAUGGUGCUGACGAAGGAGAACGCCGUGGAGGAGUGGAGGGCGGCCAUGGGCCCCACGGACCCCAGCGAGGCCAGGCAGGCGGCCCCGGGGUCUCUGAGAGCGCGCUUCGCUAAAGACAUGCUGGAGAACGCCGUCCACGGAUCCUCCAACACUCAACACGCUCAGCAGAAGAUUCAGUUCCUCUUCGGGGACAUCGGCUCUGAGAGCGUGAUCAUCGACGGAGCCGCUUCUCCUGCGCUAGAAACGGAAGAGAGCUUUGCAGAGCUCAAGAAUCUACAAGCUUCAAGAUCUCCAUCAUUUGACGAGCUGAAGAACCAGACAGAGCCGAGCUCGACAGAGGGAGCAGAAAUGAAGCCAGAGAGUUUCCCAGCAUCCUCCGACGAGAACGAAGCGCUAGAGACGCCCACAUCCAGCCCUCAGGACACGGGAGGAGCUGAAGAAAUGAAUCCUGAGACCACAGAGAGUUUCCCAGCAUCCUCUGAUGAGAACGAAGCGCUAGAGACAUCCAGCCCGCAGGAACCGGGGGAUCAGGAAGACGUGUGAAAUCAUCUGAAGGAAGGUGAAUUAUAUCAAAAACCUUCAUGAGAAUAAAAAAAACGGAUUCACGAACAAAUGAGCGUGAAAUAGAUCUGAUGCUGGAAGUCACUCUGAUGUUUAUUUUGAUUAGUUUUAUGUUGAUAUAGAUGAUAUUUUAGCGCUAAAACCUAAAGACUAAAUGAAAAUAAGUCGCAAUAAAAUGAGUUGAAUAUUUAAAAUGUGUUUUAUUUCAGUUAACCGAUGUUUAUUUAAAGUAAUGAAACGGUUUUGUAUAACGUUAAGGAUAAUAAUAAGCCUUUUUGUAAGACAUAAUAUGUUUUGCGUUCUUCGAUCAUUUACAUCCUCGUGUGAAUUAAAGGCUCGGAAAACA